GCUAUCUACCUCUCUCUUUAUAAUCACCCAACCCGAGAAAGCUUUUUCAUUAUUAUCAUCAAACAUCAUCAUCAUCAAAACAUUCAAACCUAAACCCCAAAGUCAUGUUUGAUCAAAUCAUCAUUUCUUCCGGCGUUCAGUCACCGUUACCCUCCGUCACGAAUCUUCAAGUUGAUUCCGUUAACUUUCCACCGUCCGUCAUCUCACCGGCUUCCUCCAAUCGACUCUUCCUCGCUGGCGCAGGUGUGCAAGGUUUGGAUAUCCAAGGAGAGUUUGUGAUCUCCACCGUCAUCGGAGUUUACCUAGAUCCUAACGCCGUAGGGAGCCUUACCUCUUUCGGUUGGGGAUGCAAAACGACAGAGGAGUUAACGGAAUCCGUCAAUUUCUUCCGUCAUAUCGUCACAGGUUCUUUUGAGAAAUUCAUUAAGGUGACGAUGAAACUGCCGUUAACGGGACAGCAAUAUUCGGAGAAAGUAACAGAGAACUGUGAGGCAAUUUGGGAAUCGUUAGGGAUAAACUCAAACUCUGACAUAAGCUGUGGUCCUCCUCCCAGUGCAAAACUUCGUUUUAACAAGAUCACUAAAACAUUUGGUCCAUCUCGGCACUAUUCUAGGGGUCAAGCUGUGAAAAGAUUCCUGGAAAUCUUCAAGCCCAAAAAGUUCCCUCCUGGUGCUUUCAUCCUCUUCGCUAUCUCCCCUAAAGGCUCUCUUACGGUUGCGUUUUCGAGUGAUGAUGGCAUUCCUAAAAGAGGAAACACAGCGAUCGAGAAUAAGUUUUUGGCAGAGGCAGUUCUUGAAUCAAUCAUUGGAAAGAACGGUGUGUCUCCUGGGGCUAGGCUGAGUGUAGCUGAGAGAUUAGCUCAGGUGAUGAAGAAUGAAGGCCGGGCUGAGACAUUAAUAUUGGCCGACAAAAAAUUCAUGAAAAAUAACGAGGUCAAAGAAGAUGCAACAAAGGCAAAGACUGAUCAAGAGGAAGCGAACGAUCUCUCCCUCGGAGAUAAAUUGGCUGAAGAAAAUGUUGGAUAAGCUUGAAUAAUACUUGUGAUGAAAGUUUCCUUUUCUAUGUUGUGUUUAUCUUAAGGAUUAGGAAAUAUAAUGGGAAUAGGAAAUUGUUAGUCCCUAUAUAUAUGAAUGCAUAUUGUGAUGCAUAU